AUGGCCGUCGCAAUGGCCGCUUCGGCCCGCCUGCUUCUCUUUUCCCCCGCCACUUCUCCUUCAAUCGCACACCUUCCUCCUCCCGUUUUCCACCUUUCUCUCCCUUCAUUCCUCCCUUUCCACUUUACCUUCCCUUCCCUUGCCCCAUCCCCUUCCCUCACUCCCUCUCUUUCCUCGCCCCAUUCCCUCACCUCUCCCUACAGCCCGCCUGCUUCUCUUUCCGCGCACCACUUCUCGUUCAAUCGCACACCUUCCUCCUUCCAUUCUCUACCUUUUUCUCCCUUCAUUCCUCCUUUCCCCCCUUGCCCCAUCCCCUUCCCUCGCUCCAUCACCCUCCUCGCCCAAUUCCCUCCCCUCUCUACGUACAGUCUUCCUGCUUCUCUUUUCCCCUGCCACUUUUUCUUGAACCGUGUACCUUCCUUCUUCCGUCCACUACCUUUCUCUCCCUUUAUUCCUAUCAUCCCACUUUUCCUUCCCUUCCUUUGCCCCAUCCCCUUCCCUCGCUCCAUCCCCUUCCCUCGCCCCAUUUCUUUCCCUCCCCAUUUCCUUCCCUCAUUCUCCUCGCCCCAUACUCUUCCCUCUUCUCUGUCACUCCCCUUACUCGCACCAGCUGCUUUCUCCUUCCCUGAAUGCACUCAUCUGGCACUUACACACGCACAUACCCACAUACUACCCUUUAGAUAG